GAUUUCAUUUUCAAUUUGGUUUUUGGCAACGGUCGUGAGAGGGACGCAUUGUACGGUCUCGCGAUUUUACGAGUUCACGUUUGCACAGUUGUUUGCUAGGUUUAAGAGGUGUUCCCAACAUUUGAAAAAAUGUAUAUCUACAAAGGAUGUGCAGAAUUGAUUGAAAAUACAAAAUUGAAUAAAUUAAAGUGAAUACUCUGCGAUAAAACAUAAUGAUUGCUUAAUAUUAGCAAAUAUGUGUUAAAGAGUAUUGUGAAGUGUUUUUAAUGGUGCCACUAGUAUAAUUUCUCCGAUAUAUAAGUAAAAGAAAGCGAAAGCCAACACAGCAUCCUUUUUAUUUUUACCCUUUGCUUAUUCUACAUCUUUCCUUUUACUCGUUAUUCCUUUAUGUGCGCGUUAUUCGUGAACUGCUCCACCCUCGACGUCCUUGUGAAGAGAGUAGCUCUUUGAAUUAUCUGGCUAUACAAUGUAUAAAAAGUGUUACGAAAGAACCGGGAAGUGUUAUUUGUGUUUGAUGGGGGUGUGGAGUAAAACAAUAAUAGAAAAAUACAACAAAAUAAGUGCGGCUAAAACGGCAAACAGCAAACAGCAGCGUAUUAAAAGCCAACUUGUGCAAGCAAGAAAUUGAAAGCAAAUCUUGCAGAAAAACAAGUCGCGUCACUGAGUCGCCAACGCUGCGCUGUCCCAGCUUCGUUGUCGUGCUUCCGUCGUAUGUGUAUGUGCAUAUGUGCAGCGAUGCAACUUUAAGGAGCCGUGCAUUCUGCCACCGGCGUCACAAAGUCGUUUUCACUUAUUACCAUCAUAAUUGGAUUUGAAACCUUUGACAUAAUCGCCGAUUCAACACUUUCGAUUGGGAGAUACAUACCGCAGAAGCAGUCAACAUUACUCGCAGCAAAUUUUUAUAUUAAUUAAUGUGUGCCGAAGAAGUUUGUGUGUACCUAAAUUUGAACUUUACCAAUUUUCGGGAAUAUUAUAAUUGAGAUUCGUUUAAAUUAGUGCUAUUUUAUUGAAUUUUAAAUUUGCCGUCUAUACUCAUAAAUACGCUGUUGCUGCCAUUGAAAACGAAAGCUGCUGUUGAACACCUAAAAGAUAUUUCUUCAAUGACCCAAAAGGACAGUGCAUGGAGACUUAACGGUUGACUUUGAGAAAUCAACUGACACCUGCAGAAACAAAUCAUCACACCACAUUUCCAAUGCUAACAACGGCACACAGUUGAAAUUGAACAAAACUCACAAAAAGGCUAGAGCAUAUUUCCAAAACAACGUCUUCAUUAUUUGAGACGCGCCGAAAUUUAUGCCCGGAGUAGGUGCCGGGCAGUGCUGGACAUGUUGGAACGUCGUCCCUUAUGGGGAUUAAUAGUAUUGUUGAAUGUCUGCGUUGUAAUAUGGCGAAUGCAGGAACCGGCUAUGCUGAGUGUCGAAUACGACGGCAGUGGUGCGGGGCAAAACAUCGAUCUCGAAGAUUACGCGUUGCCACUACACCAACAACGCCAGCAACAACACCAACCGCAAGUCGAACAACACCCAGUCUGGCGAAGAGGUUUAGCGGUACGCAAUGCCAUUGCACAACAACAGCUAUACGCCGGUAAACAUCUACUAGCCGAUAGCGCCGAAGCGAACGAAAUCGCUGCCAAAGUAACGCGGAAAGCGGACGACAGUCUUCACAUUAGUGGCCACAGUAGCAGUAGUAGAAGUAGUAGUAGUAGGUUUAGUACUAGCCAUCAACAACUAAUUAAAGGGCAAACGACGAGUUUGCGCAGUGUCAGCUCAGUUAAGAGUACGCCCUCGCCGUUAGUCACAGCGGCAACACUAAAGAAUACUGCAGAGGUACAAACCACAACGACAGGCAAUGCGAGAGAGUAUAGUUUUCCAGCGGAUGACUUCGAAAAACUAAUCGAUCUGCAUGACUUCACGUACCUUAUAAGCCAGGAAGCCUGUGGUCGCGAUGUGCAGGCACUAAUAUUAGUGCAUUCGGCGCCGGCCAAUGAGGAGAAGCGCCGUCUAAUACGCGAGACGUGGGGCAAUACCGAACAGUUGCCGCCAGUGAAUGGCGUAAUGCCGUUGCGGAUCAUCUUCUUGGUCGGCAACGUCGACAGUGAAGCGCUGCAGUUGGAUAUAGAGCGUGAGAAUUUCGAAAACGGUGACAUCGUGCAGGGUUCCUUUGUGGAUAGCUACCGCAAUAUGACCUAUAAGCAUGUGAUGGCUUUCAAAUGGUUUCUGUAUAACUGUGCGCAAGCGCAAAUUCUCAUCAAGGUCGAUGACGAUGUCUACGUGAACACACCACAAUUGCUCAUCUACCUGGAGCGCGCUACUGUGAGCGGUGAUCUGGAAAAUGUUGCUGCCGCUGCUGCUGCUGAUGUUCAAGCCAGUGCUGCCAUAUCUCUACAACAUACCGCCGAUAAUGAUAGAAAAGCUUUCGAGAACAAUACUAUUGUAGACACUAGUAGUAGCGGUAGCGGUAGCAGUAGUAGUACGAGUAGCAGUAGCAGUGUACGAAAUGCCGCCGAUGCUAAUGCUGCGCACUCACAAACCAAUGCCACCCAGUUCAAUGCUGCACAAAUGAUAUUCCAGCAUCCACGCGACCUGCUGCUCUGCAAAACCACCAUCAACGCAAUGGUCAAACGUAGCUACCGAUCGAAAUGGCGCGUUACGGCGCGCGAGUUCCCGGGCCGCUACUAUCCGCCAUACUGUCCCGGCUAUGCCAUCAUCUAUUCGCCCGAUGUGGUGCUAGCUUUAUACAACGCCGCGCAGGUGUCGACCUACUUUUGGAUCGACGAUGUCCACAUAACGGGUGUUUUGGCGCAGAACCUCAGCAUUGCCAUUACGAACGCCGACCAAUACAUACUCUACGAACCGGAUUGUGACAAUUUGCUCAAUGACAUUAUGACCAGCGACGAUGUGGAGUUCCUGUACGCCUGGCAUUUGAUCAACCCCCAGCAAGUGCAACAGCUUUGGGAGAUGUAUCUGGCCAAGGCGCAAAGGCACUUCGCGGCUGCUGCCACAUCAACAUUCGCACUGCUGCAAGCCGCCGCCGCCAAGCAGCAGACAUCACCCCACCCGACUGACUACACUAAAUUUAAGAGCUACAGAUAGUAACAUUAAGGCGUGCAAAUAAAUUUAAACACACACAAGUACAUUUGUCAUAAUACAUUUAAGUUUUUUGUGUUUUACGUUUUAUUUUUAAUUUUUAUUUAAGAAUUAUAUGUAUAAGAGAAAUUGCUUUUAGUUAGGAUCUGUGCAAAUGUGUGCAUUACAAAUAAAGUAAAUAACUUAUGUAUAAUACUAUAUUCCAAUGUGUGAACGUGUAAAAUAUAGUGAAUAACAACAAACAAACAUAAUAAAUCAUGUAAAAAGCAAAUUUAAAUCAAAUAUUUAUUCUUUAAAUAUUAGUGACCGUUGUGCACAAAUUUCAUAUCAUCUAGUGCAAAUGUUUAGCAUCAAAAUUUAAAAUCAAAUUAUUUACACACAUUAUGUAUGUGUAAAUGGAUAUCAUUGACAAUGUGCAAACGUAGGCAAUUCGCCUGUUAGGUGUUACGUACAUAUUUUGCGUACGGAAAUUGUGAGUAACGGCUUGAAAACGCGCGUAGACCAAUUCUUUACUUUAUAGAAAGAGUAAAUAAAUUACUUGAACUGUUUGAGUUGGUUUUCCUAGGUAUAUAUUAAAUAUAGUUUAUUUUUGUAGAAAUAUAGUGUAUUUAUGUUAGUACGUUAGUGAAUGUAAUUAAAAUAGUUUAGUUUUUAUAUGAAAAUACGCUUUAUAACAAUAUGAUGGAUCUUAUGCGGAAGUGUCUCAUGUAUUCUAAUCUACUGUUCAUAUGUAUCAUGCUAUAGCUAUGAACUAAGCUUAUCGGGCUGGUGAGGAAACUGUCUGUAGUUCCCAGCGUUACGGAUAUUGUGGUUUGACAAUCGCUUGAAAAUGCGGUUAGGCUAUAAAAUCAUUUUCGUAUUCAUAUGUUCCUAUUUAAAAAUCUGCCAGUAAUCCGGAUGUAACAUGUAACGUUCUAUGAACAUUGCGGUGACCUGAAUUUAAACUAAAAACAGCUGGUUUGGUAAUUGCAAACAUUAUAGUCGAAAGUACCAACCCAUGUUAAAUAUAAAGUGCAAUUUGUACAAGUUCAAGUUUCUAGGGAAAAAAAUAUACCAAAUUGGAACUAUUUCUUGAGUUAAAAACUGAUGCUAUAUUUUAAAAAUUGCUGAAAAAUAUUUCAUCUUUCUAUUGAAGUACUGAAUUAUUAAAUAAAAAACUUUUUAAUCGAAAUAUUUGAGAUUGAGACACUUGAUUGCUUUCAGUUUGUUAAUUAUACUCUAAACAGGAGCGCCACUUACACUGUUGAGAUACCGAUUAGACCGAUUUCAUGGUCUCCAAAAAGAAAUUGAGUAAGCUCUAAGGUUGAAUUAAUGCUCACUACAAAAAUUCUUAAGUACCGUUAAGUUACUGUUCGUUGGCGUUUUUUUCGUUUUACUGUAAUUUAAUUCGUUCCUUUCAAACAUAAAUACUCAAUUAUUUGGCAUAAUAUUUUAAUUGAUUGUCGUUACUGAAAUGUAGGGGGCCAAACAAUGUGAAACAAUAAACUAAAAACAGUUUUUACAGACGGUCGAGAAAAGGGCCUCAUAUAUCGCUCGGAAAACAUAUCAAAUAUAAAUAUAUAUGCGGAUAUAUUUUUUGCCACUUUUCAAGAAAAGAUCGCGUUGUUAAUUAUGAUUUUUAGUGAUUUUUGGAAUUGUAUUACUUCUUUCUUAUAACUGUAACAAAGUAAAGCUUAAAUGCUGAUUAUUGUUAAAAUCAAUAGCGAAACAUGAAAAUCAUAAAAAGUGUUAAUGUC